CUAUUUUCAUAUAUUGGUGCUAAACCUGACUAAAGUGAUCAAACCAUUAACCCUAAACGAACUUGUUCGACCGAACCAACGAGCUAAAUCAGAUUGAAAACCCAAUUAACAAUUAUAUACAAUAAGGAAGAAUUUGGUGUUGAGCAGUUUUGGUUCGGGAGUGAGUUUUACUCGUUUACAAAAUAUGGGUUUCGAAGGGCACUAUUCAUUAGAUUCAAAUCGCUAGGAAUUUCGGGUAUAGAUUUUGUUAAAAACUCAACUUGUUGGUAUCUCGACCCGUUCAAAGCAAGUUAAACCCGAUGCUGAGGAAUUUUAGUCAGAAAUGAGUUUUACCUUCUUUUGUAAUUGACAGGUUGGGUCGGGUGUGAAUUUAUAAAACUCUAUCGCCUCGCUUUAUCAUAGUUUUGAUGGUGUUAACGAGCUUUGGGUUGAUAUUUUAGUUAAUAAAAAUUUAAGUGUCAUUUAAACCUACAUUUUUUCCUUUUAUGAUAGUUGAAUCCAAAAUUCUAAAUCCAUGGGUAUUUAACCGGGAGCGGAUCAAAUCAGUAAUCCUUAUAGUGAUUAACCAUCAGUAACCUGUCCACAUCCGCAUGACAUUAGUACCCCCUCUCUCCUGGAAAGUCUUUUAUCUUUUCCCCUUUUAAUAUUUAAUGGACGAUUUCUCUCUCGUUUUUAGUCGAAAUUUAAUUUUUUUUUGCACAGAUAAAUUAGAUUAAAUGUGCUCUUUAAAAUGAUAUCCACUUUGAUAUAUUUUUAGUACAAAAAAAUCGAAUAAUUUUUUACCAGUCAUUACCAUAUGGUAUGCUCAUAUUUAAUACUAUAUGGUAAGAAAGCGUACAAUGAUGGUAUGAACAUACCAAUAUGGUAAGAAGGUUGAAUACAUGAUAGUAGGAGUAUACUAACUGUCAUUUACUACUUUCAUCAUUGUUUACCACAAGUUACCAGCCACAUACCAUAGUAGUAAAGUAUGGUAAUUUUUAGUCCAAUAUUUUUUUUACCCAGAAAUUUGUAGAUCCAAUAGAUCAUGAUGAACUCGUUCCUUCUGAGCAAACAUUUUAAAAAACGACUUAAAAACGAAGAAGUUACCAUAUGGUAUGUAGUUGGUAAAAAAAAGUUUCUCGAAAUAUAUUGAAAAUUGAUCUCAUUUUGUAGAGCACAACGAACGCGUUCCAUGUGUGCAAAAAAAAUUGAAAUCAGAGUUAAAACGAGGAAGAUAAGAGCCGAUUAUGAAAACUAGUGAAAAUAAAAUAUAUUUAAUUGACAACUCUUAGAUCUGGAUUUUCUAGGCCCACUUAUAUCUAAAUGUACACAUUUAGUUACUUAUAUGUCAGUAACCAAUGGUUAUUGGCCCUAUCCUAAGCCUAUUCAACCUAAUUCGACCCAGUUAAAACUAGUUGAAUAAGUUGUUGAUUAAUUUUGGUCGGGAGCGAGUUUAACCCGCUUUGCGAUUGAUGGGUUGAGCUAGGUGUAGUGAUAGACCGUCAUUUACACAUGUUUUUACCCCCGUUCUUACACCGUUUGAGGUGUUGAUUCUCGUGUUUUAGGCCGAUUUCACGCUAGGUUGUGCUUGUUUGUGAUAUUUCAGGUCCUAGUACGUGAAUGAAGGCUUAGGAGCGAGUCUGGGGUCGAUUGGACGAAGAACGGACGAAUGGCGAGGUUUUUGGGGAGCUGCACGGGCAGACCAGGGAGGCUGCACGGCCGUGCACGGUUGCAAGCUGGCCGUGCGCCUCAUGCCGAGGAGAUGCACGGGCAGGCCCUGAAGAUUGCACGGCCGUGCACCUGGCCGUGCAAGAAGCCUGAGUUCGACUUAAGGGAUACGCUGCGUUUCAUGGUGCACGGCCAGAAUGGUGAAGUGCACGGCCGUGCACCCUGGCCGUGCAACUCGGGAAACCCAGUUUUAAAGCCUAAUCCGAGCCAGAAGUGGGAGAACAGAGUUUUCAGAGCAAAAACAGAGCCCUAGAGAGAGAAAGUACGAAGAACACAUCCUAGAAGCUGUCUUAGAGCUGGAUUUCAUCGAAUCGAGCCUGGAGAUCGUCAUAGGAGUGAAAAUCAUCGUCCCGGAGCAAAUUAUCCUCAUCGUUAUGAGUAUGACUAAUCCGAUUCCUGUUUUCUCUUCUCUCUCUAUGGAGUAGAACCCUUCUCUCACUUGGGGAUGAAGAACCCUAGUUCCAUGUGUUAGGGGAUUGAUUGUAAUGACUUGGGAUGAUACUACUGUUUGAUUUUAAUCGAAUGAUGCAUGUUUCAUGAAUUGAUUUGAGUCUGAUCAGCUUGUCUCAAUUUCUGCUUCAACCUGAGAUAGAUAGAAUCUGAUUAGGUUGUUAGAGCCUCUUCAUUCGAUAGUAGGAGGUUGGCUAUACGAGAGUUAGCCAGUUUACUGCUUUGUACUGGUGUUCUUGGCGCCAGUAGUGGAGUUCUGUGUUCAUAGCCUCAGCUUUCUAUCCCGGUGAAGACUAGUCGUCUGCCGGGUAGUUAGACUGAGAGGGCUUGGUCAGCUUAAGAGAUUCCAAGCUACUGUCGGAUCUUCCGCAGUCUAAUCAACAGUAAAUCAACCCAGGGUAAAUUGCAAUUGAAACCUAACUAAAGAGCUAGGGGGAUUCAUUCCCGAGUGACUCUUUCCUGCUUAAGAAAACCGAAUAAUUUCC